CGUGUGGAGAUGCUUUUCUACAGGCCGGGGUCAAAGGGUGACCAGCAUGGGUGGAAUGAUUGCGGGCCAUGUGAUCCAUGAUCCAUCUCCUUCUCUCUCUAGAGUCCCCUUCUCCCUGUUUCUGAACAGGGCGAGAGAGAGAGAUUCCUCUUCUCUUCCUUGCUUCCCUCCAUCUCUCCCUGGGCUCCCCAACCCUUCUUGGGCUUCAUAAAAAGCACCACAACCCAGAACAGAAAAAGGAGCAAAAACAAAAACAAUGGCAGAGAAAGAGAAUACCACGAGAAUCAACGCCCUCUGCUUUUCAACGCUGCUUUUCCCAAAGGAUUAGAGCGAGAGAGAGAGAGGAGCAUGUCUCCACCUUUUCCUCGUUCCCCAAGGGAGGGAAUGAUUGGUGGUCGUCGUUGAGAUUGGUUGGGGAGGGGAGAGAGAGGGAGAGUGAGAGAGAGAGGGAGGGAGGGAGAAGGAGGGGGAAGGGAAGGAGAAGGAGGCCGGGAGGGAAGGAGGGAGGGAGAGAGAUGAGUGAGAGGGACGAUGGAGAGAGAAUUCGAGCAGAAGGUCGGGUUGAACACGGGGAGCCGCGACGAGAGCUGUAAUGGCGCUACGAGAUCGAGGAACUUCGCGUUCAGGGCGCCUCAGGAGAACUUCACCAUCAACGACUUCGAGCUGGGAAAGCUCUAUGGCGUCGGCUCGUAUUCAAAGGUGGUCAGAGCGAGGAAGAAAGACACAGGAAAUGUAUAUGCUCUGAAGAUUAUGGACAAAAAGUUCAUUACCAAGGAAAAUAAAAUAUCAUACGUGAAGAUGGAACGUGUUGUUCUGGAUCAAUUGGAUCAUCCUGGCAUCAUAAGGCUGUUUUUUACCUUCCAGGAUACAUAUUCUUUAUACAUGGCACUUGAAUCUUGUGAUGGAGGUGAGCUUUUCGACCAAAUAACGAGGAAGGGUCGCCUAUCUGAAGAUGAAGCACGAUAUUAUGCAGCAGAAGUUAUUGAUGCUCUGGAGUACCUACAUGAUGUAGGAUUAGUUCAUCGUGACAUUAAGCCAGAAAACUUGCUGCUUACUGCAGAUGGUCAUAUAAAAAUAGCCGACUUUGGGAGUGUUAAGCCUAUGAAAAACUGCCAGAUCACAGUCCUUCCAACAACUUCUGAGAGUAAUGAAAAGGCUUGCAGCUUUGUGGGAACAGCUGCAUAUGUACCCCCGGAAGUCCUGAACUCUUCUCCUGCAUCCUUUGGAAAUGAUCUCUGGGCACUUGGUUGCACCUUAUAUCAGAUGCUUUCAGGGGCGUCUCCCUUUAGAGAUGCCAGUGAAUGGCUUAUUUUUCAAAAGAUAAUAGCAAGGGACCUCAAGUUUCCAGAUUACUUCUCAUCUGAUGCAAGAGAACUUAUUGACAAGUUAUUGGAUUCAGAUCCAACGAAGAGGCUUGGUGCUGGACCUGAUGGAUAUGCUUCUUUGAAGAUGCAUCCUUUCUUUAAGGGAGUCGAUUGGAAAAAUGUUAGGAGAACACCUGCUCCAAAGCUGGUGCCAGAGUUGCAAGUUGGUGAGACAGAUGAUGUCCAAGAUUCUGAAUGGGACCCUUCACAUGUGGCGGAUGGUCCAUAUCAGGCAAAUGUAGACGGUGGCAGUAGUGGUGCCCCAUCAUCUUCUAAGGCAGCCCCAAACUUGAAGCAACUUGCAUCGAUUGAUUCUUUUGAUUCUAAAUGGCAACAGUUUUUGGAUCCAGGGGAAUCAGUCAUUAUGAUUUCUACAGUGAAGAAAGUCCAGAAGCUAACCAACAAGAAGGUGCAGCUUAUCCUCACUGAUAAGCCCAAGUUGAUAUAUGUAGACCCUUCAAAGCUGAUGGUAAAAGGAAAUCUGAUCUGGUCAGAUAAUCCAAAAGAUCUUAGCGUCCAAGUUACGAGUUCCUCACAUUUCAAGAUCUGCACUCCAAAAAAGGUGGUGUCUUUUGAAGAUGCAAAGCAGCGAGCAUGGCAGUGGAAAAAGGCCAUUGAGAGCCUUCAAAAACGUUGAUACUCUUCACUUCAGGAUUACUUACAUUCUUUCUUUAAGGAUUUCCACUUGUUUCUCUACUUUUUUUUUUUUGUCCCUUUCCCCACAUGAAUGAUAUUGAAACAUAAAUCAGUCUUCCAAAGGCACUUGUACCAGAGCAGCAAAUAUUUUUUCCUGGUGUUUGUCAAAAGUGUCACACCAAUCUUGGGGACAUGAAACUGUUAAAGGAAAAGAGAAAGGGUCUCUUGUUCCUGCUUGAGUAAACGUUCCAUAGUGGUAUGCAAGCCUUUUGAUCUAAAGUUGACGCAUCUUUACCUUGUAGUUCUAAGAAUGAUGUUGUAACUUAGUAACUUGAUUGAUGCAUGAAGGCUCCGUCAUUUAUCCUCGUGAAAGGCCACUAUGGGACUUCACGAUAGAUAAUGACCCCUGUUUAAGGA